AGCGUUACUGCCCCCCUCUCUAUUGCAUGGGGGGCAAUAUUUGCCUCUCCCCGAAAGGAGCAGCUGAUAUUUGCCCCCCUCUUUUGUGUUCCUGAGCCUGGCAGGAUGGUAUUGCUCAAAACUUCCCUACCCCUGCACUCAGCUCAGUUCUCUUCCCCUCUCCUGUGUAUCUGCCCCUGAUUCUCACAGCUGAUGACGUACCCCCCUUUACUGCACCCCCAUCUCAUCCCGCCCUCUGUCCAGUGGGGUGAGGGGAUGACACGUGGGCUCCCCGCUUCCCCAUCUCGUUCCUGGUCCGGGAGCGUUUGGAAUUCCCCUUCUUUUUCCCUUUGUUCUCCAUUGCAGAUGUGGGGGCAGGUCGGGCGUGCUGGCCCUUGGGAGCCGUGUCCCGACCGCAGCAGCUGCCAGCUGGGAACCAUCAGAGACAGAAAGAGACGUGGUAACUACACCAACAUGCUCCGAGAGCUGGCUCAGAUGCUGCCUGUUCCUCUGCAUACCAGCUACAAAAAGCUUACCAAGAAGGAAAUCCUGUUGCGCGUCCUCCGCUACAUUGAGCAUCUGCAGGCGAGCAUCAGCACUGCCAGGACCCUGCUCCGGUGUGGAGAGAAAGAAGAAUUUGGAGCGGGUGCAUCCAGAUGUGUGGAGAUGUCCGCCUGUCAGCGAGGGUGUGGAGACGGCACUCCGCCCAUCACCCCACGGAGGAGGAGAACAAAACUCCUGAACGUUGGCAAGAAACCCCGCAAAGGAAAGCGAUCCCGCAGAUCAGAGUGGCGGGGGGCAAACAAGGAGACGCGUCGGAGCCUGAGCCUGGUGGAAUCGCCCUGGCAGCCUGGGCAGCGCACGGAGGCAGAUCUGCAUGCGGCAGGCGAAGGGGCUGUGCUUUCUCUUGGCACGAAGCAGCUUCCAUUCCAGUUCAGCCGAAGGGACCUGAUGCUGGGGUCUCGCCGGCCCACAGGGAGUGCCUUCCUGGAGAGGGCGGAAGGCAGCGUUCCCAGCUGUGCAGCAGAUUGGUGCGUAGGGUGUGACCGAGAGGGGAGCCAGGAGGAGGAUGACGUCUGCUCUACCUGUGAGGCUCAGCUGAGUUACCGGGAGCAGCGUCGGUACGACGGGCCGGACCUUGCUCUGCUGGGGCAGGAGCUGGUGCAGUAUUAUUCCUGCGAGGAGGACGAGGAGGAUGGGCUGGAUGCUGGUCCUUGGCUCUCAACCCAGUCCCCUGUGUGUAGUUCCCAUGGGAGCUUGCUCCUGUGCUCUCCCGGGAGAAGAGGCCAAAUUGGGGCUUGCUGGGCCAGUAAGGAUCUGGGCUUGAGCCCCUCACUGUUCUCCUCUCCUGGACGGCUGCUUCCCGGGCACGUUCUGCAGGGAGGGCCGGAGGAGCUGUCCCAAGCCGGGCAUCCCUGCAGAGCUGGGCAGCACCUGAGAUGCUGGAAAUCAGGUCCCAAAUUCCAGACUGAUCAGCUAGUUGGUUCGGAUUUUGGCUCCUGGCUCCUUCCCUGCUUUGGUUCCCAUUGUUCCCUGAGCUGGUUCAGAAAGAGAGAUUCAGCCCCUGCAGGUGGAGUCCCACUGCAGCCAAUGGCAGGUCGUGGCAGCUUCCAUCUCUGCGGUUUGUUUGAGGAUGUAUGUCUGAGCCCAGACUCAGCUGGUUCCUCUGACAGCCUGGCUGGGACCCUGCUGAGAAAGAUGCUUCCAGACACUCCGCUGAACUCCCGCAAUCUCUUCCAGUCCGCCUUCUCGCUGGACCAUUGCUACCUCUCCUACAGCGAGGCGAGUAAAACUGACUCCAGCCCCAGCUCGGGAGUGACGGAGUUCAUGGGGGUGUGGAGCGGGCAGCUCCUCCAGGAGGGUUCCAGCCCCGGACCGGCUCGCUCCGUGUCCUCCAGCGAGGAGAAUAGCGACAGCACCUGGAUCCCUUACAAGCGGACGAAGCCGCCGCCUGCUGCCGGCCGGAAGAGGAAGAAGGGGGAAGGCGGGCGGCAGCCGGAGGCCUCCAGCAAGUCCCGGUCCCCCUUGCAGCUGAAGAAGAAAUGCGUCAACGGUUUCAUCAUGUUCUGCCGGCUGAACCGCAAGCAGUACAUCCGUGCCUGCCCGGGGAUGGCGUCCACCGCAGCCACCAGGGAGCUGGCACAGCUGUGGCGCACCAUGACGAAGCAGGAAAGGAGGCCGUACUGCAUCAAGGCCCGGAGGUUCAGCAGGCUGAACAACCGCAUUGUGAAGCAGGACUUCUCCAGCGGGGGAGAGGAGGAGGAGGAGAUGGAGGCUCCUAAGCCAUUUCAUCUGCUGCUGGCCGAGAAAUCCCUCGGCUCCCGAGACCUGGGACCGCCAGUCCCGCCUCGCUCGCUCCAACACCCAGCCCUGGAGUCAGUGUGAUGGAUGGCAACACAGGGCCCCUCCCACCUGGCAUACUGGGGCCUCUAGCCCCUGAUGGGGCAUCUCCCUUCCUUUGGAGACGCCUGCUGCUCCAUCGAAAUGAACAAGGGUGCUUGAGAACGGGCACAGGCUACAGCGUGCGUGUUGCCGUUGGGAGACCAGGCUUUGGGGUUUGUAGAUUGGCCUCUUGUUUAGCUCUGGCAAGGAGAAAUUGCGGGUGGGUGUAGAGGGGUGGCUCAUGUUUUUAAUUAAAAUCCUAUUUAUUCUGAUAGUUUUCCGCCAUAACUAGACACCACUGUGCUGAUCGGAGAGCGCUGACCCCAGGCUGGCCAUAGAUCCGGUCAGUUCCAAACUGCCCUGUCCAACCAGCUAAGGGUGGGUUGCUUGGGCACAAGGGUAGCCGUGGUUAAGUGGAGGAUUGGAUCCCCCCGCCAAAAUAAAGAAAACCUCCACCGAUUCAGGCCAGACUUGUAUUGGAUUCUGUUAGUUGCUGGAAUAGUUUGACAGCUGUUGUAUGUAUGUAUUUAUUUAUUGAUUUUAGAAUAAAGCUCAGUUGUGGGUUU